UUUCCGCCGCGCCUCGCGCCGCCGAAGCCCCGACCACAUCGGCGCUGCGCCUCCGACGCCGGGACCUCGGCAUACCACCUCGCCUGGCGUUGAGCCCGGCCCAAGCCUGGGCUCACGCUUGCGGGCACAUGAAAAAACAAACGUCGGCGGGGGACGGAACGUGCUGUUCUCGAUCGAGCAAACAUGCAGCAAGCCUGCACCCUCCAAACAAGUCCCCAUAAUGCGCCGCGGAAGAGCUUGCAGCAGAGGCAGGAGGAGGAGGAGGAGGAGGAGAAAGAGGAGAAGGGGCAACGGCGCUGUGCGAAGACCCCCCGCGACCCAAACGGGCACAAAAAAACGCACGGCGGCAAACCAGUAGGGGGGAGCGAGGGGAGGGAAGGUGUGGGAGGGAGGAGGCGGAGCAGGAGAAGAGUGGAAGAAACGGGCACGCGCCUUGCACUAUACGGCGCGUGGGCAAUUGAGAGCAGGUGCCGCUGCGUCAACCUGCCGCGUCGCCUAUCUCACCAGUUGGGCACCCAGCCAACUCUCAAGAUGAUGCCGCGCUGCCAGCGCUUCCAGCAGAGCGCAAGCAGAGCAUCCUGACGAAUGGUAUCUCAAGCUCGAAACCCUCGGACGGGCAUGCAAGUAUCAGCCCCAGUGGGCUGACAUGUCUCAUAACAAUAAAAAAAAAAAAAAAACGCAGAAGCAAAGCACAUUGCGCACAUUCAUUUUUGCAAAAACAACAGGCUGGCGGCGGGAUCGAUGGCCAAAAAUCUCAGAACUGAGCGCCACGAUUGACCAGCUGGUCCGUCCAGCUGGGGACAGGCCGUCACAUAGAUCCAGGCGAACUGGCAGUCGGCGGCCUGCGGCUGCAGGUUUACCGACUCUGUAACAGUCGGUCUGCUGCAGUGGUCGCUGCAGAACUGGCGGUCUGCUGCAGUGGUCGCUGAUCGUCUACUGCGUACAGCGUACUACCUGCUACUUAGUCACCAGCAGAUGGAACGUGGAGCGAGAUGAUCCAUAAUAAUGCGAUGGCGAUCAGCGACGGCGAGCAAAAGGUAGCGCGGGACGGAAUGCUAAUAGACCCUAUCAGGCAGAACAGAGGGCUUCAGGCGCAACCGUGAACUCUUCCACGAUUGCCUAAGAUAACCUUAUAUAAACUGCACCCUCGAAGAGUGCGCAGGCAAGGCGGACGUGAACGCCAAAGGUAACACGAACAGCGAGGGCAAAAGGGAUAACGACAUGGGCAGAGAACCCUGUAGAGUUGAGCCUGAAUCUAGGCUCAGACAGGGUCAGCACAUCCAAACACUGCACUCACAACAUUAGCGAGGGGCUCGUACCGCUAACCACAGCACAGUAUGUAAGCGCGCCGGUCUAGCACGGCGACCCUUUGCUUUGCGGCCAGAGAAAAUGGACCAAACAGGCAGAGCCUGACAGCGCAGGAUCACCGAGACCGCCGGGCUUGGCGAUCUGGGCAGGGCCGCGCGCACCCUCUCGCCGAGAAGGCGGAACGAAGGAUGUGAGAACGGGCGGCCUGGCAGAUGGCUCGACCAGCGAAACUGUACGAAUCCGUAAAGGAGCGGCGCCAGGCUCUGCGAUGCCGAGGUGGCGGGCCUGGGUCGUCCUAUGUCUUGAAACUGUUUGGUAGCCUCGCACCGGAUGCCCUGAACAUCCUCAAAAGCUCAGCCGAGUGCCAUGGGGGAGCUCGUCGUCGUCAUCCAGGGAGUUGGGAUCUGAUUCUCUGCGGCGUCCAUCCCCCUCCUGCGCCACGGCGAGCACUGGACCGAACUUGGUGAACUGGACCUUCUUCGUCACGGCGCGAACGUCCCCGAGGCUGCGGUACUCUCUGGCCUCUUCCAACAUGACCUCCUUAGGGCUGGCCCGGUCGAACCUGACGCCGGACAUGGCCGCACAGAAGACCCUGGCCUGCUCGAAUCCAGGAAGCUCACGAAUGCGUAGCCCCGGUUCUGGCUGUGUCUGGGCGGCUUCGUGGGCAAGUACAGGAACUCGAAGGUGUUCCGAAACCCUGCCAGGCCUCCACCGCAUCCAGCACGUGCGUGAGGCGGCAACGGCUGGGGAUGUUCUUCAUCAUGAUCGUCACGGGGAUCCCAGCCUCCUCUGGCGCUGCGGCGCGCGCCCCUCGCCUGCGCGGGCCCACAGCGGUGGCAGGGCCGCCGCCACGAAGGGCACGGGCAGGUCCCGCGCGGGGGGCGCGAGGGCGGACGUCGCGGAGGGGCGGUUGCGCACGUCCUCCUCGGAGAAGCGACCUGCAGGCAGGGACACCGCGGGGGACAUGGCAGCCAAGUCGAGAGCCGCCGCGGCAGGGAGGCGAGGAGUGGGCGCGGCCUGGGAGGGCUCGAGGGCGACCGCAGGCCGGCCGGCGCCGAGCACGGAGGGACCCCCCUUCGGAGAACUGAGCCCGAGCGGCUGCGGGGGAGACCCACGCAGCGUGCCGCCGACGCCGCGACGCAGGCCACGCGGAC